GUAGGCGCCUCUGGACAGCGGAGUGGACGCAGCAGCCGGCUCUCCCAAAGGCUCUGAGACUCGACCGAUCCACGUCUUCACCGGCACACAUCUCUGUCUUUAAAAGUGUCAUUUCUCAGCUGUAGAUGAGCCAUGGAUGUCUCCGGGGUCGUCUGGGUCUUGGUCGCCGCCGCCGUCGUCGUUGCCUCCAUCCUCCUGGCCAUCCUCUGCCUCGACUGCGGGAAACGAGGCCCUCUGGUCUCCAUCAGGCAGGGCCACGCGUCAGAGGAGUACAUACCGUCGCCGGGAUUCAGGAUCGUCCCCCCAUAUCAAAGUCACUCAAACACCAUCAAUCCGCCCUCCACGCUUUCACCUUUCUUAGAUUCGGCUUCUCAGCGGCACCACUCCUUCACCCUAACAGAAAAUGAAAGUAAUCCCAGUUAUGAGAAUCCUGCAGAUGGACCAAAUUAUGAAAACGCUGAGAGCGACGGAGAGGAGGCAGGCUACAUAAAAGUCUUGCCUGAUCCUCCUGUAGUCGAGAUCCGUCAGUCCAACCAGAGUCUCGCCUCGACUCACAGCUCAGUGGAGCCCCCGUACGUCAACGUGGACCCAAACAGCAGCACGGACAGAGACAGGGACUCAGAGCCAGACGAUAGAGAUUAUGAGAAUGUGGAGCCGGCAAAUCCAGUUACCAUGGAGAGAAACAGGCCGAAGAGAGGGGAUGACAUGCAGCAGUGGGACUGGGCUGAACCCCAGCCCCUGCAGCGAAAACUUAGCUUUAAACUCCUGAGACCUGAGCUUUUGAUUGAAGCAGAGGAGGCUGACAGCGAUGACGACGACUACGAGGCGAACUACGUCAACCAACCAGCCAUGAUUGACAACCAGCCCACUCCAUGAUGGGAGUGAAAGUGAUGUGUGGAAACACGGAAGUGACUUGUGAGCGCCUGACCAUGAGCUUUUCAACUGUAUCUCCAGUUUUUGCCUACUUUUUCUUUUCUUUUCUUUUUUUUUUUUUUACCACUGACAUCGUCAAACCCACAGCAGCUGUCAAAUGAAGCUGGGACUCCUAGAAAAUGCAAAAAACGACAAAAAUGCAUGACUCUCCACAGGGAAUUAGACCAGUUUUUCUUAGUUCCUGGAGACAGUUUGACAGGAGUUGAGAACCCAAAGCUGUGAAGUGACUUAAGUGGGGAAAAAAAAAUAUUAAAUUCAUGUUUCUUUACCGGUGAGAUGUUCUGGUUCAGUCAGCGUCUCCGAGCAGGAACGCUGACCAUGAACGCUGUUUCCUGCGGUGUUUACUUCAGGAGCUGCAGGUCUCCGGCUGGGUGACACACGGCUGCAAUACUUUGUUGGUUAAAGGUGCGCUGGCAUCUGAAGCCGCAUUACAAGCCGUGCAAAUGGCAAAGCGGUUUGUUUAAGUAGAAAAAAAUAUCAGGGAAUGAUUUCACAGCAAAGUGCCAUGAGAGGAGUUUGGCCAGAAUGUGUCAUGUUACUGUAUGUUUUGUUUUUAUCACUUUUUUUUUUUUGUUGUUGCUGUAAAUAUGGGCCAGGAUUGGCUCAAUAUAUCGGUGUUUCAGUCUUAAUCCCAGCUGCAGUGGUUGUCACGGAAACUCCCAUGGCUGAUUCUCCAUCCAGCUUUCAAUUUUAUGACAGAAUAUUGAAAGCAGUUGAAAUUCUGUAUUUCUAAUGUUUUUUUUGUUUUUGUUUUGUUUUGUUUUGUUUUGUUUGUUUUUUUACUCUUUCAGUCUUUGGUCAUUUCGACCAGUAGCCAACAGUAAAUUUAUUGCAGUUAAUAUUCCUACCAGGUCCUCCAUUAUUCAUCUGAUAUUGUGAAAAGUUUUGGUUGGGCUGCGGCUGCGGCCGAGCGCGGGGGCUGAUACGUUUGAGCUUUAGUUUGGAUUUGCUGACGACUCCUGAGAAUGUCUGACUUUGUUGUUGUUGUUGUUAUUGUUUUUAUUACACAGUAUUUAUGUGUUAUUACCAGUUACUGUUACCUGGACAUAAAUCCACAUUUCAACUGUCUGAACUAGAAUUGUUCUCAAUAAAUAACUACAAUUCAGUUAAUUUUGACACAA